ACUCCACAGUCCACACUACAAAACCCCCGCCUCUAUAUAUUCCCCUCUUCUCUCUAACAACUCUCUCUCGCAUCUCUCUCUCUCUCUCCCAUCUCUCUCGCACACGCAUACCGCAUUUCUGUGUUUCCAACCGUUCUCACUCCACAAUGGCGAAAGCGAUACGAUACUUCAAACUGAACACCGGAGCCACCAUGCCGUCGGUCGGCCUGGGGACGUGGCAGUCGGAGCCCGGCGUCGUCGGCGAAGCCGUCACCCAUGCUAUCAAGAUUGGAUACAGGCAUAUCGACUGUGCUCACGUGUAUAAUAACGAGAAGGAGGUUGGUUUUGCUUUAAAGAAGCUAUUUGAUGAUGGAGUGGUGAAGCGUGCCGAUUUAUGGAUCACUUCUAAACUCUGGUGUGCUGAUCAUGCACCAGAAGAUGUUCCAGUGGCUUUGGAUAGGACUUUGCAGAACUUGCAGCUUGACUAUCUGGACCUGUAUCUUAUCCACUGGCCUGUUAGCAUGAAGAAGGGAUCAGUUGGUUUUGCACCUGAAAACCUUUGUCCACCUAAUAUACCCAAUACGUGGAAAGCAAUGGAGGCUUUAUAUGAUUCUGGCAAGGCUAGAGCUAUAGGUGUGAGCAAUUUUACUUGCAAAAAACUGGAGGAUUUACUGCAGGUUGCACGCGUGCCUCCAGCUGUUAACCAGGUUGAGAUCCAUCCAGGAUGGCAACAAACGAAGCUCCGCUCUUUCUGCGAAUCGAAAGGAAUUCACCUAACUGGAUAUUCACCAUUGGGGUCCUCGGGUAGCUCGUUUGUCAAAACUCAAGUCCUCAAGAGUCCUGUUGUCAAUAUGGUUGCAGAGAAGCUCGGUAAGUCUCCUGCACAAGUUGCACUCUGCUGGGGAUUGCAAAAGGGUAACAGUGUUCUUCCUAAGAGCGUCAAUGAGACAAGAAUUAAGGAAAACUUUGAGGUCUUUGGUUGGGAGAUACCAGAAGACUUAUUAGCUAAGUUCUCUGAAAUUGAGCAGGCGAGGCUACUCAGGGGUACUGGAUUUGUGCACGAGACUCUUGGCCACUACAAAACUGUGGAGGAGCUUUGGGAUGGAGAGCUCUGAGUAAUAUCAACACCCCAGAGUGUUGCAGUAGUACUCAACACUGGCAUUUAUGCAGCAAGUCAUUAAUCAAACAAUAUUCUCUAUCGUCAAAGAACCAUUACUCCUUUAUAUGAGUUCCCUCGCAACCAAAUAAUGUUGGUAAUUGAGAUGAAGUUAUCUAUGUAUGUGAUGUUGCAUUAGUUUUUGCAGUAUAAUUAAACCUUUUAAAGUA